AUGAGUAAACUGCAGCAAGUCGUCGGCCUGCAGCAGCUGGAGCAACUGAAGAAUCUCUACAGCCGGGAUCCCAAGUACCUCAAGGAGUUCUACUGCCUGGACAACUACCUGGAACUCCACAGAAAGGAUGCCAAACUCAGGAAUGUGAAUGUUUACACUGUGCCGAACCUCGAUCUGGGAUUAUUUGUGGUUGUGGAUCGCUAUCUGCUCUUCAUGGGAUGCUUGGAAAACGAAAGGUCUGAGGAGCUUUUGAGGGAUUCCCUGGAUCAGUUGGCUUGGUUUGGGGGCCUUCAGUUGGCCUCGAUGCCUCAGAGAUACUUCAAGGCAGCCUACGAAAUUGUUCAAGCCAAAAAAUUACCAUUUAACAGUGUAAUAUCAAAUUCUUUCGUUCUUAGCCAAGAGAAGGCUCUGCAAUUUGAAGUCAACCCACCAGUUGGUUUCUAUUUAAAGAGUCUGGAUAUAAAAGAUGCUCAGGUGAUCGAAGAUCAUUGGAAAUGGAGUGUGCCGGGAAGCCUGUUCUUUUUUCAACGGCAAAUUGCAUUCAACAUUUGUGUGGGUUUGUAUGAAGAGAAAACCAAUGAACUUGUGGCUUGGUGCAUCAGAGCUCCGGAUGGCGUACUGGCAGCUCUUCAAGUCAAGGACUCGCACCAGCGGCGUGGCUUCGGUGUCCUCAUAGUGAAGGAGUUUUCCAGAAGAGUGGCUCUGCAGGGUCAAGAUGUAAUGACCGAAGUUGACCAAGAUAAUGAGGCAUCGUCCGCUCUUUUCCGAAAGAUGGGUUUCAAAUUAUUCGAUCAGAGCAACUGGUUAAUGACGAAAGCCGAAAAUGGGGAUUUUCAAUGGCCAGAUGGCGAGUGAUAUGAUUAAGGGAUUGUUUAUGAAUUUAUAUGUGUAAAUAAAUGGAUUGUAUUGUUGUUAUCAGUAAAAGAUUAGAAUUGUUGCUAGUUGGAAAUUAUGAAAUAGUGAAAGUAAGGAAUAAUAAAUAUUUUAAUUGAAGACU